AUGAGUUGUUUAUUCAGCUCAGAUCCAGUUGGUGGUGAUUAUGGUGUUGGUACUACCGCCGCUGCUUUGUUAGGUUGUGGUGAUGAUAGUGUGGUAUUACUACCACUAGUUGGUGAUUAUGGUUGUGGUAUUACUGCCGAUGCUGCUUCUGCUGUUUGUAAUUAUAGUACUACUGCCGCUGCUAAUUAUAAUGAAAGAAAA